CUGCUGGUUAUUCCAGCGGAACUGCAUGCACGAGGUCUUCCUGUUUCCACAGCACUGUACUGGCAUUGAAAGUGGAGAUUCUUUGAGUAUUCUACAUUAACUGCGCGGUUCAUUUUCUAUCCAAAUGAAUCGGACACGUUUCUGAGCUGUAUUACUUCUUCGUCUCCGGGUGUAUGGUUUAGUUUUCCUUGGCGUUUGAAAUGGCGAAUGGGCGGGACACCAGCAGUAGUCUUGUGAGAUACGGAACCGUCGCGUCUCUUCUGGUUAUUCUGUUGGCUUUGUGGUACCGAUCCCCGGUCCAGCAUUCACUCGACCACAGGCUGGACACAGUUUUAACAUCGCUGCUGAGAGCCGAGAGUAAAGUCGACAUCGACAGCUUCCGCAGACCCAAAGUAGCCAUAGGUUUCGGCGGCUGUGUGGACAUUAUUGUGGACGGCGUCAAGCUCUUAAAUGAGAUUGGUCUUAAACCCAGCAAAACCCCCUUUCAUCACGACUGCAUUGAAAGCAGGGAGCAGCUCUCCCAGAGCUUUGCAUUCUUCUUUCCACCCGGGGCAGCCUCUGAGAGAUUUCUGUCCAAUGAUACUUUGUUUAACGAGCUGGUGGAAGCGUCCCGGGGGCUCCAAGGGAAUCGAUGGGCUCUCGGAGGGAACGCUGCAGUCAUGGCUAACCGACUGGCCUCGGAGGGGUGCGACGUGCUCCUGGGAGGUCGCUUCAGCCCAGAAGUCACUGAUGUCCUUUCUGAUCAUGUGACAGUGGCUGGGAAGCCAGUGGAGGACCCCGAUAUUCACUUGAUUCUAGAAUACCCCACUGGGGCGAAAUGGGGAGAGUACGUCUCCAGGAGAGCAAACAGGUACAUCGUUCACAGUGAUGACCACAACCCUCUGCUGGACUCCCUGGAGGACUUUGAGGAGCAGCUCCAGGCUUUCAGGCCGGACCUUCUUGUGAUUGGUGGGCUCCAGAUGAUGGAUAACUUUCCAUUUGAAAAAGGUGUGCGUGAGGCCCGGCUGGAGCGUCUGAAUGCCCUGAUGCUGUCGUUAGAUGAGGCGACAGGCGUCCAUUUCGAGAUGGCCUCCUUCGUGGACGAGGGUCUGAUGCGGGCGCUGCUGAGCCAGGUGGUGCCCUAUGCCAGCUCUCUGGGCAUGAACGAGCAGGAGCUGCCCAACCUGCUCAGCCUGCUGAAGGGGGGCAACGUCACUGUGCUCUCCGACCCCAACCCCCGCGUGGCUACAGUCCUGGACCAGAUGAGGGAGCUGUACCGCCUGCUGAGCACUGAGAGGCAGGGCCAGGCCGGGGGCCGCAGACUCACCAGGCUGCACGUCCACACCCUGGCCUUCCAGGCCAUCAUUGUGACUACAGGCUCCUCCUGGAAGAACACCAUGUCAGCCACGGCCAAGGCUUCCCUCACUGCCAACCGGCAUGUGUGCGGCUCGCCCGACAUCAACCCCGGCAAGGCCAAGCUCAUCAUGGACGACUCGUUUUCCAUCAGCCGCCAGGAAGGCAGCCAGAGAAUGCCCUUGCUGGAGACCAAGCCCGUUGCCUGCUGGGAGGAGGCUGACUAUGAGGUGUGUGUUGCCCCCGUGCUGGUGUGCACAGACGUGUACCAGACUGCCGGAGGAGGGGACAAUGUCUCAGCGGCUGGGUUAGUGCUGCAGAUUUAACAGGGAGGAGACACUCUGGCAAAUUACAGACUUCUUCAACUCCUGAAAAAAAAUGCCCACUUAUGUGAAGUGCUUUUUAAAAUCUAUUCUUGUUUUACUUUUUUGUGUUUUCUUUUAUUUCUUUUUAAAUCUUUAAACACAUCUAGCCACGGUAGUUAUCAAAUGCAUAUUGAAGCCAUGCGCUGUCAUUGGGACUGGUCAACUUCAUUUUCUUAUGUAGAACACAUGCUGAGUCCACGACACCUGGGUGUAGCGUUCCUGCUUCUGGGUGUCUGUGGGGUUGCUGGUAAGUUUUAUUACAGGUGCUACGUAACCAAUUAUAUGUAGCUCUUAACUCAUAUGCUAGGGGUCACAUUUGGUACAAAAAACAAUAAAAGUUUAUUUACAUGAACAAAGCCCAGCUAAGUCUUUAUGAUAAACUAGAAGUCUUAUUUAAAAUGUCAGCCAAUGAAAGUGCAGCUCAUGAAGUAUAAUCAUGCUAGGCCUGGGUAUAGAUUGCAGUAGUACGGCAUUGUUAAUGUGAAUAUGUGUUCAUAUUUCUAUGUAAUUCAGGCCUUCGUGUGUUGUCUUGCACAGGCUUUCACUGGGUUUCAUGUGGAUGGCUGCAUAUUGUACUUGCUGUGUUUUCUGCAAACUUCUAUUUGUAUUUUAAUGAUGAAGUGAGUAUUUUGUUUUGGUUGCCCUUAGUGACUGCUGCAAUACACACAAGCCAAUGUUGAGAUUAGCAGAACAGAGGGGUAAUAUAUAAUAGAUGUAGUAUGCACAAAUUCAGUGUGAAUGCUGUUGAGAUUAGCAGAACAGAGGGGUAAUAUAUAAUAUGCACAAAGCCAUUUCCAAACAUUCCAUGCUUUCUCAUGCCAGGAUUUCUGCUGCUCUUCUGUGUUUUUUUUUAAUUUUGUUUUAUUUCCUCUUCUUCAGAUUAAAGGCAGAUUGGUUUUUGUUUGUUAUUUGAAACAAACAGUGAGGUUUCUCUCACUGAUAGCAGCUGCAUUUGCACAUUUACACAGAAGAAUUCAGAUCGUCAUGCUCAAAUAUACAAUAAUUAACACCGAGUAGCACCUCAUGAGAAUAAGCUGUAAAGCUUUAAGAAUUUGAACAAUUCUCCAGGAGGGGAGAGACACCUCAUACAACACAACAAUAACUGACCAUGCUGUGAAACAGAACUAAUGAAAUCUGCAGCUUCUAGAGUCUGCUGUUUCUUGAUGGUUGGAUGUGAGUUUAUUUUACUGGGUCUGUUUAGUUGGUUCUCUCGUAGUGGAUGUGACCCUGCCCAUAGCAUAGCUGAGCUGCUCUAAAGUCUACAUGCGAGACUUGCAAUAUAGUGGCCCAAGUGCGAAGAAUGAACAGUAGGACUCAGGUUGGCAAUCUUUUGGUUUGAUUUUUACAGAACAAAUUUUAAAAAAAGCAUUUUACAAUGAAUGAAGUUCUGUUGGGGUUGCCUGAACUGGAGUAAAAUAAAAUCUUUUGCAUUCCA